UGCAUUGGUCUAGAAUUUUAUUUCUCAGAACAUGCUGGAAGCCACCCGCGUUGAAAACAUCACACAUAAUUAAAAAGUCCGCUAAGAUUGUGCAAGUAUCUACCAUAAUCUUCUCUGUUUGUGAUGUGAGGAUGAUGAUGUGCGACCGGGCGGUUCUGACGGUUCGACUGGUUCGGUCUUUUGAGCACCGAAACUUUAAACCGGUGGUUUUUAAAGACGUGAAUUUAGAUCAGACAGUGGACGAGUUUAUUUCAUUUGUUAAGCAAGAUGUUUCAGUACGAGCUGGUUUGCCUCCACCUUUUAAGAAGUUUGACUAUGAUACACUUAAAAUUAUACACCAAGCACACGGAGCAAAGACCAAUGAGCUUGUAAUGAGUCUGGAGGAUGAUGAGAAGCUGAUUCUGCGCGAGGGCUGCAGGUUACGAGCAUGUGGUGUUGCUAAUGAGACCGAACUUGCCUUCUUUAAAAUGACGGACUAUAUAAAGUUCAAGGCGGAUCCGCAUUCAGAAUGGUGACGAGAGACUCUUCUUUAAACAGGACUGAUGCAUUUAUUUUAAUCCAUAGUGUUAUUUUUUAUAUUACAGCAUGACCAUUCAUUCAUUUCCUUUGACCACUUCUGAGAGGGAAUGUUUUUAUGUU